AGGAAGGUGAAACAUAAACUAUCCAUGUCGAAACACAUGAGCGAAGCAGAACGACUGGCGGAGCUUCUGUCGCAUCUGAAGUGUUAUGAAUAUCAAAUGGAGGUCGAACUGCAGAAAGAAACUGCUAACAAGGGCAACAAAGCCAGUAAAUUCAAGAAGUCAUUCUACGGCAUUGUGGUUAAGAGGGUGAAAGGCACGGGCUUGUUCGUUGCGCUCGUAUCUUACCAUUCAUUGGCAGAACGAGCGGGCAUCCGAUUCGGUGAUAUGAUCGUGGAGAUCGACGAUGUAG